GCAGGUGAGAACCCGGGGUUGGGGGGCCGGCUGGGGAGAGGUUCCGCCGGGCUCCCGGCUUCUCUGGCUCAGUGUCCCCUACUCUGGGGAUCUGUCCCGAGCGGUCGGCGUGAUUUGGAGCUUCGGACAAACGAUUCUUAGGAUCCAUGCUGUCAGAAGUCCUGCUGGUGUCCGCUCCAGGGAAAGUCAUCCUUCACGGAGAGCAUGCUGUGGUUCAUGGCAAGGUAGCACUGGCUGUGGCCUUAAACUUGAGAACAUUCCUCCGGCUUCAGCCCCACAGCAAUGGGAAAGUGUGCCUCAACUUACCAAACAUUGGCGUCAAGCGGGCCUGGGAUGUGGCUGAGCUUCAGCUGCAGGAUACGAGCUUUCUGGAGCAGGGUGACGCCACAGCGCCCACUGCAGAGCAAGUGGAGAAGCUCAAGGAGGUGGCUGGCAUCACCCAGGACGGCGCCAAACCCGAUGGUCUGGCUGUGCUGGCCUUUCUCUACCUGUACUUGUCCAUCUGCCGGAAGCAGAGGGCCCUGCCCAGCCUGGACAUCACAGUGUGGUCACAGCUGCCCACUGGGGCCAGCCUGGGCUCCAGCGCCGCCUACUCUGCGUGUAUGGCCGCCGCUCUCCUGACCGCGUGUGAGGAGAUCCCAAACCCGCAGAAGGACGGGGUGUCUGCCAGCAGGUGGGCCGUGGAGGAUUUGGAACUAAUUAACAAGUGGGCCUUCCAGGGGGAGAGAAUGAUUCAUGGCAACCCGUCUGGAGUGGACAACGCUGUCAGCACCUGGGGAGGAGUGCUCCGGUUCCAACAAGGAAAGAUCUCCUUCCUAGAGAGGCCGCUGGUUCUGAAGAUCCUGCUGACCAACACCAAAGUCCCUCGCAGCACAAAGACUCUUGUGGCCAGUGUCAGGAGCCGGCUGCUCAAGUUCCCAGAGAUCGUGACACCCCUGCUGACCUCCAUCAACGCGAUUUCACUGGAGUGCGAGCGGACGCUGGGGGAGAUGGCUGUGGCCCCGGCACCGGAGCACUACCUCGUGCUGGAAAUGAAACCUUCUCCUCCUCCAGGAGCUCAUCGACAUGAACCAGCACCAUCUCAAUGCCCUUGGCGUAGGCCAUGCCUCACUGGACCAACUCUGCCGGGUGACCAUGGCCCAUGGACUGCACAGCAAGCUCACCGGCGCGGGCGGCGGUGGCUGUGGUAUCACGCUCCUCAGGCCAGAUCUGGAGCAGCCGGAGUUAGAGGCCAUGAAGCAGGCUCUGAAUGACUGCGGGUUUGACUGCUGGGAAACCAGCAUCGGGGCCCCCGGCAUCUCCAUCCACUCGGCCGCCUUCCUGGACCCCUCCGUGCGCCAAGCCCUGGAUGGUCCCUGAGAUGAACCUGUGCUGCUGCAGCCUCACCAAGAGGCCACCUCCUGGGGUAUUCUAGGUGCCAGAGUCAGCUUCUGUGCUGGCCAGUGGACCCCAAGGCUCCGUACGCCGGCCCUCCCCGCGGCCACACCCCUCCAUUUCUAGCAGUGUGAUCUGGAACCAGCACUGGGCUGGGGUCCCUGGAAGACCCGGCCUGUGUCCUGCCUUCUCUUGAGCUGUCUAGGCAGUGGGGCCAUGUGGGGUCCUCUGUAAUGUGAGGGGAUUCCUUCCUGUCCUCCCUGAAGCUCCCACACACCCAUCUGCUUUGGGCCGCUGCCGCCUUGUCAAACCCUCUGUCCACUUGGUUGGACACUUGGAUGCAGUGUGCCUUCUCCCUCCCUCUGCCUUUACCCUUCCACCCGUCUCUCACGGUUUGGUCCCUCCCACCUCCUCCGGGAAGCCUUCCCUGACCACCGCCGGGAUGACCCUGGUCCCACCUUCCUCCCUGCAUGUUCUGCCCAACAUGUUUGAAUCCUUCAGCAUUUCGUGUGCUCUGUUCUUCUCUCUAGCUAGACCAUGGGCCCCCCAGCAGUUGUGUAGGUGGUGGUCUUUGCUUUCUGUCCUCCCAUCCCAGGGCUGGCUGAAGUCAUGGUUAAUGUACCCAGUUUCUGCCAGUCUGUACCCACAGGUUUUGCAGAAAAGAUGGCAGAAAGGAAAUAAAAAGCUCUUGAGUAAACCAGGGCUUCCCUGGGAGUCCAGAAAGAAGGGUGACAGUCGGAUAGAGUCUCCAGCCCACCCUAGCCUGCCUCCUUUGUCCCUUCUCCAGCCACUUUCCCCAUAGUGCUCUUAAGGAGUUGAAGGAAAGAAGGGCUUUGGGUCACUCGGUUUUGUGUCUCCAGGACACUGGGGUUUUUUUGUAUAGCCCUCUGUCCUCCGGAACACUUCCUACCUGCUUUUCCAGAAAGGGGAGUUUUAAGCUUCCUGGCCCCUGGAGCUUGAGCACCCAGCAAGUUCACAGACUUUUGUGAGCCCUGGAAACAAAAACCUGUAGAUUCUGGAAUCUUCCUUUUUUUUUUUUUUUUUUUUUUUCCUGAAAUUGACCGUGUGGGGAAAAAAGACUCAAGUGCUUGUAAAUCCCAGUGCCUGGCACAUACCUGGCCCUAUUUGAACUUUGUAUUAACAGUCAAAGCUCCUUCUGAAAAGGCAGAAUCCAUCAAAAAGCCCCUGUAGGUAGCACAGUGCCACGGGGAUCUCUGGGACCUGCGGGAGGCACCCAGGGAGGUGGGGGCUGGGCAGGGAGUUCAGGAUGUGGUUCAAAUGGCCCUGCGCUUCUGCCCUUGGCCACUAGGGGGCAGCGGGUGCCUUUCCCAGGGUCUUCACUGGGAGGGUGAGCGGGGAGCAGGCCUCAAGAGCAGAACCCGAGCUCCACACACGGCCCCCAUCCCCCAAACCCCGCCCGCCCUGCCAGGCCUCUCCGGCUGUGCCUGGGCUCACUGCCAGGGACGUGAGGGCAAUACGGAGGAUGCCUGCCCCGGCCUCACCGAUGGGGGUUGCCUGCUUCUCUUCAAAACACAAAUAAUGCAUAAAACAAUAAUGUGAAUACUGAGCUC